UUCUCGCUCGGAUCCUUUAUGUUUCGAUUCGAUGCCGUGCUUGGUGGCCACACGGCUAAUCUAUCUUGUCAGAUUUAAUUCUCCAUUUGACCUGCUAAUCCGGCUGACCUGUAGUGGUAGAGUAGCAAGUGGAUUAGCUGAGCUUAUAUAUUUUUGGCGGCCUCCGGUUGUUUUGCCAUUCCAUCAGUUGUUGGAGAGGCAGAGUGGUGUGACAUUGAAGGAUGCAGAAACGUGUGGUGUUGGUGAGCGCGGCGGUGGCCGUGCUCGGCCUCGCCGCCGCCGCCUUGGGGUUCGUCGCGGAGAGCACCAAGUCCAAGGCUUUUGUAGGCUUCGUCGGGCAGCGCUGCGUGUACCAGCGCACGCCGGCGCUCGGCUGCGGCGUCGCGGCGGCGCUGCUCGCGCUGACGGGGCUUGCCACCGCCACCGCGGCCAGCGGAUGCCUCCGACGACGCGACGCGCCCGCCGCCGGCCGCAGGCGCGCCGUCGCCGUCAAGCUGUCCAUCAUCGCCUGGGUGGUGGUGGCGGUGGCGGCGGUGAUGUUCCUGUACGGCGCGGCGAUGAACCGGGGCGGGACGCGGGACGUCUCGGCGAGCAGGCCGGGCCGGCGCUACGGCCGCGGCUACUACUACGGCUGCACCGUGCUCAAGAGCGGCGUCUUCGCCACGGCGUCCGUCUUGUCCGCCGUGGCCACCGGGUGCGCCAUCGCGGCCUACGUCUACUUCCAGCGGACGGACGAGCCGGCGGCGCCGGGCCAGUUCGUCGCACCGGGCGUCGCGAUGGGGCAGCCGCAGUGGGCGCAGCCGUAUCCUCCGCCGCCCUACCCGCCGCCUAUGGCUUACCCUGCUCCUCCCCAGUACGGGCACGGCGGCUACGGCCCCAAGCAACCUGCGGGCACAGCUUGAGCUCGAUGCGUUCCGUUCCGUGGAGUUGCGCGGUGUCACCAUUAGCCGCUCAUGGUUUCCACCUUUUGUGCUUUUCCUUUGUCUAUACUGCAUAUCCUCUUUUUUUUUUGGUACAAUGCUACGGGACUUUUUUUUAAAAUAAAUUCAUUGCACGUAUGAAUUAGACUUGCAUA